AUGGCUUGGACUGGGGUUUCGAAUGCGGGGGAGGCGGAGCGAGGACGUGGCUGCGGGCAUGCUUCCGUCGGUCGAUGUAGGAAGAUAGAAGCGGGUUGGGUAUGGUGUCAAGCUCAAGCUGAUUGGGGUGUCGUCGUGGUUGGUCAUUUAAGGAUCGCCACGCAGCUCAUGUACAUGUACAAGGCUCCAUCAGUCUAUCGUGUUUGCUUGAAAGUUGAGCUCUCGGAUUUCUGA